CUGUAACUUUUCUUCCUCCUCUGUUGCUCCUGUGCUCCUUUUCCCUUGUGUUUGAAUGGAGAAGCAGGGUUCUCUGGAACCUGCACACCCGUUGCCGGGUGCAGAGCCAGUCUCCGGGGUUGCCAAGACGGAGGGGGCACACGGGGAUGAGGCAACAACAUUUGCCAGCUCCAAACUGUUCCGGUGUGCGUGCGUGAAACGCUGGCUGCCACCAGCCUACAGAGAGGAACUUUACCACGUCUUACGCCUCACGGGCCCUCUGCUGCUGGCUCGGAUCCUGAACUUUCUCCUGCCCUUUGUCAACACCAUUUUCUGUGGUCACAUUGGAAAUGCAGAACUGGCUGGAUUUGCAAUCGCCUCAGCGACCAUUAAUGUGACCACAACUGCAACGGGCUACGGCCUAGCUCUGGCGUGUGACACACUUAUUUCUCAGACUUUUGGCGGUAAGAACAUGAUACGUGUAGGGGUGAUACUGCAAAGAAGUUCCCUCAUCCUUCUGCUGUUUUGUCUGCCCUGUUGGGGUCUUCUCAUCAACGCGCAUAAUCUACUGCUCCUCUUGCAGCAGGAGGAGGAGGUGGCCAGAAUUGCACAGCUCUAUGUGAUGAUGUUUCUACCAGCUGUUCCAGCCAUGUUCCUGCAUCAGCUGCAGGUUUCCUACCUGCAAAACCAAGGGAUUAUUCUUCCUCAGAUGUACACGGCUGCAGUAGCAAACAUUUUUAACUUGGGGAUCAACUAUGUUUUAAUCUCCUUUCUCAAAAUGGGAGCUGUUGGAUCAGCAAUUGCCAACAGUCUCUCUCAGAUCGUCAUCUGUCUGCUGCUUUUUGGUUACAUCAGAUGGAAGAAGCUCCAUAAACAAACUUGGGGAGGCUGGUCCACUGACUGUCUGCAGGACUGGGGCUCCUACAUGAAGCUGGCCGUUCCCAGUACGUUCAUGGUCUGCUUUGAGUGGUGGAUCUGGGAGGUUGGUGGUUUCCUUGCAGGUGUUCUUGGAGAGGUGGAUCUGGCUGCCCAGCACGUGUUGUUGGAAAUAGGAGCCAUAACAUACAUGUUCCCUCUCGGAGUCCACGCAGCUGCUUGCGUCCGUGUCGGGAAUGCUUUGGGAGCCGGAGAAACCUCCAGAGCAAUAGUCAUCUGCAAAGUUACUUUGGUUCUAUCAGGAGUCCUCGCUGUUUUCCAGGGUUUUGUCCUUGCUGGUUCCAAGUCUGUGGUUGGCUACAUAUUCACCACUGAUGUCAACAUCGUGGAGACGGUGUCAGAAAAUAUAACCGUUUACAUGUUUCUGCAGUUCCUUGAUGCACUUCUGUGUGUCUGCUCAGGAAUACUUGUAGGAUCUGGGAUGCAGAAAAUCGCUGCGUUGUCCAACUUGGUGUCCUACUACAUCAUCGGCCUGCCUGUAGGAAUAGCACUGAUGUUUGCUGCUAAGCUCAGACUAUUAGGCUUUUGGAUCGGUCUUUUACUGUGUGUUCUCCUUCAGACAGGCUUUUUCCUUUUUCUCAUUUUUAAACUCAACUGGAAAAAAGUCACUCAGAAGGCUCAGUUGCGAGCUGGGAAGAUGAUAGUUGUGACGCCUAUACGCCCCGUCAGUACAGUCCUGAAUGAAGCAAUGCUGUCAGACAUCCCUCUCUGCCCGGAAUCGGCCCAGUCGAGCAGCGAACCAGCUCCUAAAACAGACGGCUACAAUCCCGUGAAUACCCAAGAUGUGGAGCUGAAGGCCGCUCUUGAGUUUGAGGAAAAAGGUUUGACUGUUGGAGGUCCUAAGAGGGAGGGUGAAGAUGACAAAAACACCUCAAACACCAAAGCUGAGGAAAAGCUCUCCAUCUCUCAGCUGAUCACACGCCGAGGCCUCGCUUUGCUGUUUUCAAUUCUCACACUGACCAUAGGAGUUGCUUUCCACAUUGCCUUUCCCGCUCCAGAGCCCAGCAUCCAGAGCAAGGCCAACUUCACCUUGAUCUGGGCCAAUGACUCCACUCCAGCGUCACUCAACUCCAGCUUCUGAGCCACUUAUGGUGACACCUUGUGACUGAACGCUGCUGUUUCAGCUGUGUGGCACAGAGAAAAAUGCCUUGUUACGGCACAACUGACUAAAUCCACAGAAGGCAGUAAGCAAAUGGACAGUAAGAACAAAGGCCAUGUUGGGUUCAACAUGCAUUACAGAGAAUAUGGAGAAACAAGUGUUUUUAUACAGACAACCUCUGAUCUUUCCAUAUAUUCUUGAUCUGAUUGAUGUAUUGCACAGUGAUAAACAUCGUCUUCUUGUUUACUGACCUUAAAUAGUUUUUUCCCAUGUUUUAACAUCAAAAAAAUGAGUGUAAAUAUGUCUACAAGUGUAAAUAAAUUCUGCUUUAUUGUC